CUGAGGCAGCCAAGGGGGGUGUCUCUGACAAAGAUGCGGGGUUCAGAGCGCGGCGUUGUUGAAGAAUGGCUCUCCGAAUUCAAGUCCUUACCAGACACCCACAUCCCCAGCUACGCCGGCAGCCUUCACCUGAAGAAGUCCCUGGUGCCGGCUCUCUACCGAGUCAUCCAGGACCCCAACAACGAGCUGCUGGAGCCCGUGUGCCACCAGCUGUUCGAGCUGUACCGGAGCUCCGAGGACCGCCUGCGCCGCUUCACCCUGCAGUUCCUGCCUGAGCUGGUGUGGGUUUAUCUGCGGAUCACUGCCAGCAGGGAUCGCCAGAGCAAUGGCUGCAUCGAGGCCCUCCUCCUGGGCAUGUACAACCUGGAAAUUGUGGACAAAGAUGGCAACAGCAAGCUCCUGUCCUUCACAAUCCCAUCUCUGUCAAAACCAUCGGUGUAUCAUGAGCCUUCUAGCCUGGGUUCCAUGGCUCUGACAGAGGGGGCUCUUUGUCAGCAUGACCUGAUCAGAGUGGUGUACAGCGGCCUCCACCCUCAGAGAGAGACUUUCACGGCACAGAACAGGUUUGAGGUGUUGUGUUUCCUGAUGCUCUGCUACAACUCGGCUGUAGUCUACAUGCCCUUGUCUUCCUAUCAGUCAGUCUGCAGGAUGAGCUCAAGGUUGUGCGUGUGUGGUUUCCCCCGGCAACAGCAGAAGCUUUGGAGGGAACCUUGCAACCGGGUGCUCCUGGACCCGGAGUUCAUGGUGCAGAUGCUGACAGCUGUUUAUCACGCCAUAUACAAUGGAGAAUGGGAGAUGGGACGAGAGGCCCUGGAGGACAUUGUGUACAGAGCCCAGUUGGAGCUUUACUCCCAGCCUCUCCUGCUUGGGAACGCCAUGAAAAACUCGCUGCCAGAAAGUGCUCCCGACGCACCACAGGGGCGCAAGGUGCUCCAGGUGGAGGUGACGCCCACCAUCAACCGUAUAUCCAUCUCAGCUAUCACCACCGCCUCCAUACGACGCCACCGCUGGAAGAGAGAGGAUUGUUUUGACUACUCAACCGAUGCAGAGUUGAGCUUCACCGUCAGUCCUCCUAGCCUCGCCCAGCACCACCAACACCACCGCCCCCCCUGGGAACCCACAGCUAAAGAGGAAAGAGGGAGGAGGCCUCACAGCCACCACAGCAGCAGCAGCAGCAUCAUUCCCCCCAUCACACUUGAGGAUGCUGAUGGCAUGAGCGGCGGCGAGGAUUCCUUCAACAUCAACGACCCCGAUGAGGGUUUCUCCUCCGGGGCCUCCAACAGCAGCCAGCCCAGCGGCACCAAGGCCGGGGGCGGCGUGGGGCCGAGGGGCGGCAGCCUGAGCAGCAGCAGCAGCAGCAUCAAGAAAGCCAUCACCGCCCGCCUGUCCCGGGACAAGGAGAAGGAGCGGGACCGGGAGAGGGAGCGGGACCGGGAGAAGGAGAGGGAGCGGGAGAGAGAGAGGGAGAGGGAGGCGGAGAAACAGGCGGAGCUGUCGGCGGAUCAGGAGGCUGCGGGGAGGAAGCAUCACCAAAGGCAGCAGUCGCCCCCGGGCAGCAUUAACUUGGAGGCCAUCCACCUGAGUCCCAUCAAGAAGCACCUGAGCUUCCCGGCGGGGCCCUCGCUGGUGCGGACUGGGAGCACCUCCUCCAGCAAGUCCUUUGACUGCAUGAGCCUCAACCUGAACGGCGGCGAGGACGAGCAGGCCAAGGCGGCGGGGGGCUCCGACACGGAAGGGGGGCUCGUAGCGGGGGGCGCCCACCGCCACUCCACCAUCAGCCUGCAGGAGGAGCACCUGAUCAGACCAGAGCAGGCCCGGGACCUCCUGUCCCCGGGCGCACCUCUGACUCAGCAGUCCCGCUCCCCCAGCUUCAACAUGCAGAUCAUAUCACAGGUUUAA